AUGGACAACUCGGUACAUAUAUCGAACAUUCCCUUUGAACUGACAAAAUCUCAGCUAAUUGAGGGUUUGUCCCCCCUCAUAAAUGGCAAAAUUACAGAAUGCCAUCUUAAAAACCAUGCCACACGUUAUGGAUGGAAUUGUGGAUGGGCGACUAUCCAUUUUGAGCAAGAGGAAGACGCCGAACGGCUAUUGAGGAAAGCUCGACACUGGUUGCAUGGAAGACCCUUAAACAUAUCCAAGGCCAAAAAAAGAACAAUACAUAGCGUAUCAGCGGGAACGGAGUAUUUAGUUGAUAGCCUAGAGUUGGGAAGUUGGAGCGGCGUAUCAGUCGCAAAUAAGAACAAAAGGCGCAGUCAAAAUGAGGAAACAGUUCGGACAUUCUUGUCUGAAUAUAAACAUCCAGAAUAUUGGAAGUUACAGGUCCAAAAGAGAGAAUUUAUUAAACUUAUCGUAGAAAAUGAAGGUCGUCCGAAUGUAAUUUACAUUAACGCUAGGGUACUUGACGAACAAUGUAAAGGCGUCAUCAUAGAUACGUCUCGAGAAUAUCGAGACGAAUUGGUAGUAUACCUUACUUUAAAACACCCACCCGAACUACAUAAACAGCUAGAGCAAGUUGAUGCAUUAUUCAGUGAGUUAAAUAUUGAUAUUAACAUGUACCAUGACGAUAAUUGGACAGCAUGGUCGCGUUGUGGCGAUUGGACAGGUGACCAUAGCGUCUUUGGUCAGUUCCUGGUAUAUCGACUGGUCCUUAAAGAAAAUCUUCAAUCUAUUAAAAAAGCUCUGACAGCGAUCGAUGCAAAUCUACAGGACUGCCUGGUAAAGUACAAAAACCCACAUCCUUUGGAUGAAACGAUGGACGAGGUUAUAUAUCCACUCUUACCGUUCAAGAUUAACUUCAAGCUUGAAUGCUUACUUUCGCACAACGUAUUGACAGUGCGCGAA